AUGCAAGAGUUCUGUCCUACAUCAGCUACCCCCCUCCACCAACCACUGGCCACAAGAGCAAGCCCAGGUGACACCACCCACCAGGUACAUUUUGUGCUGCGAAUGCCCCUCUCCAGCAUGCCUGUGGGAAGGAGCAGGGGAAGAGGCUCCGCUGGGAAGGGAGUAGAAUCCCAUGGUGCCUUGGCUGGAUGCAGAGCCCCUGCAGCUCUGCCUGGACACAGUCACUCCCAGGGGGCGGCCUGCUCUGGGGAAGGGGCUGGCCAGCCCUGCCCCCUCCUGCAGGGCAGCUUUGAUCCCAGGGCCUGGAGGGAGGAGGGGCUCCAGUUACAGCAGUCCCCCCUCCCCUCUCUGGCCAGAGCCGCCCUUCUCCGCCCCUCGGUGACCCUCGUCGCCAGUGUCUCUGCUCCUGAGCGCCGGCCCCUCCCCGGCCUUCCUCCAGUCUCCCCGCCCCCUGCCCUGAGCUGA